UGUAAACUUCCGGUCGUUUGUCAUUUGAGAAAUCGGUAACUUUAAAGCUUUAUUAACUGGGGGUACAUGCAGAGAAUGGCGGAGGCAACGGCUUCGUUGUCCAACACUCAAGUAGUAACUGAAAUUCCAGCAGAGGGAAGCCGUAGUCCAACCCUUGCCCUAAAGCUACGUAAGCCAAAGAAUGAUAAGAAAGUGAAAUGGACCACAGAAACUGUCGACAAUGAGCAUUUGAAUAAGAAGAAAUCAAAAUGUUGCUGCAUAUAUGAGAAGCCACGAAUGUUUGGUGAAUCCUCUGAUGAGGACGAUGAUGAGUGUGGUCACUGUAGGGGACACAAGAAGAAAUGCUUCCGGGAUGAGGGUGGGGAGAACAUGGGGGAACCAGACGGUUCUGAACAGCCUGGAACCAGCGGCUCCUGAUGACAAGGGAGGCAACUCGACUAAGAUUCCAUUGUACAUGCCUAGUUGUGGGCACUGCCACUCUUCAUUUAUAGAUUAUUGCGUCAGAGUUUUACUUUUUGGAAGCCCUCAAUAACUGUUUGGUAUCAUUGCAUUUUUUACCAUUAUGCAUAAGCCUCAAUUUGAAAAGGUUACUUAACAUUGGUUCACAAGGGGUAAAUAUAGAGGAUAUUUCUUUGUUUCAAUGUAAGAUCGUAACAUAUUUCACCGGGUGAGCCCCAAAAUUGAUAUUUCACGAGAGACUUAGCCACGAGUGAAAUACUCACUUUUUGUGGUCACGAGGUGAGAUAUAUUGCUGUUGUACACUGAAACAAAUAAUAUUUUAUUAUAUGCCUAAAAUUGAAAUUAAGUCAUUUAAUUACACGUUUUUAGAAAAAUGUGCCAAUUUGGUUGCGCAUGUAACAUUAAUUUGAAAUGAGGUCAUUGAAAAUGUGUCCCAGCCCUGUGGGCGCUGAUGUUUGAUUUGGAAUUGAGAGCAGGUUUAAAUUUCAAAUCAGUGAAAAAUCGCAAAUUGAUAUUUCCACUGUUUGAAAAAUUAUUCCUAACUAUAGUACUCUGUGAAUAACUCCGUUUUGGACAUAAGACAAAACAUCCUGCGGCACAACACAUUUUUAGUGCUAAUCGGCUUACAGAUGAAAAAGUAUAGGUAUUGUCAAGCCUGGGUGUCGUUAUCGACAUCAUUAUAGUCGUUCAGCAAGAACUUAAACCCUGACCUUAGCUCAAAAACCAUUUGAGAUAUUAGAUACACACAUGAAACAUGUUGUACAUGUUUCCAGAGGCAUUAGGCACAUGUAUUGCAAGGACCAUAACUCUGCCUUUAAUAAUGAUUGAGUUAUGCCUCUCUUUUUUAACGAAAAAAAACCCAAGCAAAAUAGAAAUAAAGUUUAUCAAGGCCCAUAACUCUGACAUUAAAUGAUUAUUCAGUUACCGGUAUGUCCCUUUUUCACUGAAAUCCCCCAAAACCAAAAAUGUAGAAAUUGAGUUAUCAACAAAAAAUAUACAUACAUGUAGUGAUUUUAUGGGGAUUUUACUAGAAUGCAUUUUCCUGUGGCUUUUGUGCCCCAAUGUUGCCCACAAACAGAUAUGUACAGUAAUUGUAGUAAAAAGAAAGAUGGUCGUCAUUUAGCGCUUUCAUUAUAAAUGUGAUAAAACACACACACUUUGAUGGCACGGCACAAGACAGAUUGAACUCGAUAUUAAAAAGAUGUCUGUCUUGCGUUGGGCCAUUAUAUAGUCAAUUCGGCCUAAAAAAAUACCUGUGUUUAGGGCAACAUGGCCAUGCUUGGCAAAAUCUUACAAACUUAUAAUUUUUUUCGAGCCUAAAUCAUUUUUUUUAUAUUUUUUUUUGAAUUGUUGUUGACCGUGAAAUCCAUUUUUUUUAUUACAAUAAAAAAAUAGUAUUAAUUUUUUAAAACACAAUGAGACAAUUAAUUGUUCAGAACUUUUUUGUUAACAUCUUUGUUAACUUUUAAACGUGAAAUAGUUGAAGAUAUCCUCAAAUAUUGAAAUAAAACAAGUACUGUGGUCUCAAAUCUUGUUAGAAAAUAAUCCAGAUCACAUGUGCAUCUACCGGGUAUUCAACAUUCGGAGCAGAAAAUAUUUGAAAAAUGACACUAACAUGUUGUUAACUUUAACAAAGAUCCGACAAAUCGGCCCAAUAUUUAUAUACCGAAAUGUCAUGGUAUUAGCAUUCAUAAUAUGCUUUGCUGUUUUGAUUGGACUUGGAAAAACCAACAAAGAACCUUUGUUUCUAUUCAACCAGGCAUAUUAAGGGCCAUUCCUGUAAAACCCAUAGGGGGAAGGCAAUUAUUUGAAAUAGUAUAUAGGUGAGUAUCUUUUUUCGCUAGUUUUGACCCCACAAGUAAACUGCUUUUGUAGGUGGGUGGCAUAAUUUACAAGUGCCUCCCCCCGGAGGUUAUAUGUUUAAAUGGAAUAGCCCUAAUGACUGUUGCUCUAAACUCGGAUAUUUUGUUUUUAGGCCUUAGAGUGCCCAGAUUUUCAUGUUGUACGAACUGUUGUCCUAACAUGAAACAAAAAUGUAUGUUAUUGUUUUUCCAUUGUAAUAUUAUAAUUACAUAGUUCAUUUUUGUCAGUAUUUCAAUUUCUUUCUCUAUGUACUUGUAGAAACUACAACUUAAGUUUGAUUCAAUGAGAAAUUAGAGGGGAAAAAGUACUAAAGUCAUAGCAAUUCUGUCAAUGUUGGAAUAUAAACUGUUUCACUAUAUAUAUCUGUAAAUUGUGCGUAUGAAUUGAUUAUCUUUUCUUGCUAGUAAAUGUACCAAUGUCAAAGUAAUGCAAUAUCCCCCCAAAAAAUACAAUCAAUCCCCUGGUCUCCUGGCGGUUGAUGAAUAUCCCCCGGAUGAUUUUCAGUACAUUUUCUUUCAAUACAUGUACCGGUACUUAAUUUUAUCAUAUAUGAUGUGAUACUUGUAACGUUGUAAUGCAAUAAUUGUUUUUAAUGUCUAGAAAAGUAGAUGGCAGAACACUAUUAAAUAGCAAAUUUUAAUUAUACCCCCAUCCCCUACCAAAAUUAGCCUGAAAAAAAAAUGAAUAAAAUUUACCCAAUAAUUUUUUUUGAUUUCAUUAAGGAAUUUGUAAUCUCAAUGUUCUUGCAUAAUAAUUUCUGCAUUCCUGGAUGUGUUACGUUUUAUUAUAAAUUAAUUAUUAUGGUAUAAAAAAUAAGUGUUGAAAAAUUGCACACUGUAAAGCAAGAUUUGGCCCCAAUAUCACAAAAAAACUAAAGUCAUAUCUCAAUCUCAACUCAUUUUACCACACGGCAACAAGUUAUUGAAAAUAACUGUUUCAUAUGAUUGUUCACCUUUGAAAAGGCAUUCUAUCAUAUGAUAUGUAGAUUUAUGUCUUUGGUCAAGAUUCCCAGGGAAUAAUAUUCUACAGCCAAAAAUGUAUUGGAGUACAUUUCAUUGUGUUUUUUUAACAAUUACUCGAGUAUAUUUUUUGCUCUGUUAAGUUUCUAUGAAAUAUUGACAAAAUCCUUUUAUCAACAAAUUCUAUGACUUUAAAACUACGCAAAUACGCAAGAUUUUAAAACCUAAUACGCUCUUGUGGGGUAAAUUGAGUUAAGAUUGAGUUUAAGACUUGUCUUGUGUAUUUUGUACCGUAAUAUCACGAAAGAGGUGACCAUUCCUUAUGAAAUAGGACAAUGCUUGAUUUUAUUGAUUUUAGAAAAGUUGUUAAAUAAAUUAGGUUUUAUCAAUUUCAGAAAAAUUGUUAACUAAAUUGCGUAUUGAAUGCCUUCUCAUGCUAUAUCCUUUUUAUUAUGAAAAGAAAAGAACUGAAUUCUAAAUAUUUAUUACAUUGUGCCCCAACUCCUCGAAAAUCUUAAAGCUGCACUCUCACAGAUUGACCAUUUUAUCAACUUUUUAUUUUUUGUCUUGUAAAGAGCAUAUUUUUGCGUAAAUAUCUGCAAACCAAUGUUAUAAGAUUGCUGACAAAAAAUCAGAUCGUAGAUUUUCAUAUUUCCGUUCGAAAAUUAUUGUUUUAUGGCUAUCGAUUUAAGAAAAAUGCAUAAAACAUCAUUUUUUGAGCUUAAAUAUAAAAAUCUGCAAUCUGAUUUUUUGUCAGCAGUCUUAAAUAACUGGCUUCCAUGGAUUUUCGCAAAAAUUGGCUAGUUCCAAGGCAAAAAAUAAAAAAGUUGUCAAAACGUUUAAUCUGUGAGAGUGCAGCUUUAAGCUAAACAGGCUUAGGUGCCUUAUUUCAUUCAGCCAUAUUAAUGACUUUACAAAAUAGAAAAUAGUUUAUUUCCAAUUAUCUCCGACAUAAUCAACUAAAGAAGCCCAUAAAUCUUUGUAUUGAAAAACACACACACCCAUUUUACCGCAACAAAAAUACUGGGCCAAGAUUGAUACUGUUAUAAGGGACUUCCAUGUAAUAUUGUUCAAGAACUUGGCGCCAGAUCAGUCUUAGAAAGGUACCAUGUUGCAGAAGCUAUCUUGGGGCCUGGGCUGGUAUUCAUAAAACAUCUUUUAAGCUAUUUCUUAACUCAAAAUCCUUAUCUUUUUUUUUAAUAGUCAAAUUUAAAGACAAUUGUAAAUGAUUUUAGAGUAAAAGUAUGUUUAUUUAAUUAUAUCAAUACAAGGUAAAGCAUUUCAGAUAGUAUUAAGCUUUUAUAUCAAAUAACCAGUGGGAUACUUAACUUAAGGAAAUGACGUAAGUUAGGAAAUGAGGAAAUGAGUUUAGAUGUUUUAUGAAUACAGACCCAGGUCUUAGAAGAGUAUCAUGAGCAGAUGCUAUGCUUAGUAAUUUAGAUUUCAUGUAUUUGAUCUAAGAUUUUAAACACGGGUACAUUUCUGAAAAUUAUUCACAUUCGUAUGUUUUGUUUAGAAAUACUGAAAUUUUCACAUGUUCAUUUUAUAAUUACUGAAAUAUUCACAAAUAUGGUCAGUUUAUAAUUACUGAAAUUUUCAUAUAUAUGUUCAGUUUAGAAUUACUGAAAUUUUUACAAAUAUGUUCAGUUUAGAAUUACAGAAAUUUUCAUGUUUAUAAUAACUGAAAUAUUCACAUUUAUAUGUUCAGUUUAGAAUUACUGAAAUAUUCACAUUUAUGUUCAGUUUAGAAUUACUGAAAUUUUAACGUUUAUAAUAACUGAAAUAUUCACAUAUAUAUAUGUUCAUUUUAGAAUUACUGAAAAUUUUACGUUUAUAAUUACUGAAAUAUUCACAUCUAUAUGAUUAGUUUAUAAUUGAAAUAUUCACAUAUACCGUAUGUUCUGUUUAUAAUUACUGAAAAUUUCAUGUUUCUUAUUACUAAAAAUUUCACAUUUAUUUAAUAAUUACUGAAAAAUUCACAUUUAUAAUUACUAAAAAUUUCAUAUUUAUCUUCAGUUUAUAAUUACUGAAAUUUUCACAUUUAUAAUUACUGAAAUAUUCACAGAUGUUCUGUUUAUAAUUACUGAAAAAUUCACAUUUAUAAUUACUGAAAUAUUCACAUUAAUAUUCAGUGUAUACUCGCUGAAAUAUUCAGAUUUAUGUCUUUUUUUUUUUUUUUCAAUUCAUGAAUGUUGCUACUUAUAUGUCUGGUAUUGUUGAUGUGCGCAUUUUUAAUUGGUUCUAAAUCAUGUUUUUAUUGCGUAAAUGUUUAUUC